UAAGACACACACACUAUAGUAUGGCCUUUACGCCAUCGCAAGCAGCGCACAGCGCUGUUCAACGGGUAUUGGACAGCAUCAAAAAACAGGCUGAAGAACGCGCUUUGAGGCAUUCCCGAGCUAAAUUGAAAGGUGAUUCCACGGCCUUGUCUUCUAGAAGCUAUGUACGGAAAUCGAAUAACGGCAUAUCUCCAAAGGUGGUUUACAAUGUCCAACAAAGAGCGAGGAGCACGGGUGACUACUUUACUAGACUGGUAAACAGCUCACCUAAGCCAAGGGUGCUACGAAGCGCCAACCACCCGGUGGCUAUACAUCUAUAUAAGCUAGCACACAGUGCGGCAUACAGGAAGUAUCGCAAACUAGUUCUGCUCACCAGUACCAAACUGAUACGGGAGUACUGUGAACGCCAUGGAGCAUGCAGCAGAAUAUACACCACUUCCUAUGAAAACCCAGUGCUCCUGGAGCCUAGUGUACGCGCAGAAAGGGUAAUUGUAUGUUCCGAUAAGUUGCUGCAAAAGGUCGCAGACCUCCACUCUUAUAAGGGCGGCGUUGUUGCGGAAGUCCCAUAUCCACAACCGGCACAACACCUAGGGCAGGCAGCACUCGUGCUAUGCGUAGCCCCAAAAUGCAACGCGGCUCGUGAUAACGGCGCGACGGCUACGCUAGUACGUACCGCACACGCGCUGCAGUGGCAGGCAUUGUGGAUGCUCAAACACGGGGAGCAUGACCUGCUGAACCCAAGAGACAUCCGGGCAUCUCAAAACUGCCUUGAUACGAUGCCAUACGUCGUGGGAACCGCACAAGAAGCAAUCAAGUUCGCAAAAGACAACGAUCUGCUUAUAAGUAUAUGCUGCGACGGCGGGUUCAACCUGAACUCAGACCGAGCUCAAAACAUCAUCAAACAACAUCGCGGGAUGCUGCUGCUAAUAGGCAAACAACCCAAGGAGCUUUUGGAAGCCGCCGUCAAGUUUGAUGUUACAGGUGGCAAGCCAAUCAUCAGCCCUGAGAGGAAGACGCAUAUGUAUAACCUGGAUACACAUGUCAAAAGUGCUAUUCUCAUGUAUCUCGUGCGCAAAAACAUGCACGUUACAGCACCGAGGUCCCCGUACCUAUCUCAGAAGGUAGUACGCCACGAGCCUUAGCCAACUUGUUCUGCACUUG